GGAUGGAGCGAUAGUCCAACUUUCAAAUGAGACUGCUCGAUAUCCAUACUAGACUAGCCUGAAUCGCAGUCACCCUGCCCAAAUACUCUAUUUCAAUAGAGUAGGCGGGGCGCAUCUUACAGGCCCACAGCCACUGAAUACCUUAUUCACACUACCUACCGAUUGAAAGCUUACAGCGCUUCCGGGGGCUUGUUGAACCACCUUCUGCAAGCAUGGCUCCCUUGGCGGCGGAACCACGCCAGCUCCUCGUCGUGCUCAACCCAGCGAGACGACGUGCUUUGUUUCAGCUCGUAGAUGAGAUCACAAAGUACAUGCGCUCGCAGCUAGCCCUACAACAAAAAGCACACCACGACUCUGCCGGAAAAUCACCAGGCCACACGCCGCUGCGUCGUCCGAGUGGUGUUGAUCAGACCCCUGGACAGCGUGGGAAUCAUCAGCAGGCCGAAAGGUCGCAAUUGGAGCCAGUAAACUAUGAAGUUGCCAGGAUCCGCCGAGCAGCUCUCGCGCACAUUGACGAGUGGAGACUUAGUGUGCUCAAGGCGCUCAAGGAAGUCGCCUCGGUCAAUGACGAUGACAAGAUCCUCCAGGCUAGGAAGGAGAGGCAGGCCAAGAUGGAACGGAGCAAAGUCGACAACCCUCGUCGCGGAGGGGACUUGAUGGAUUUUGGCGAAGGUAGCAAUGCAACAGACUCCAAAGACGAACAUCAGGACCUGGACCAUCAGGACGUGGCCUCCUUUCAAGCUUUGUAUCAUCCUAUACCUACCCGCCUGAGCACGAUCCCACGGGAAGACCGCGAAGAGACACUCAGCUGUGUCCUUGUGACUGUCAUCUCCAGUGGAGUAUAUGCCGCCCAUUCUCGGACUCUGGCCUGCUAUCUUACGUCGGCACUGAACCUCCCGAUGGCCGUGCUGGUGCGGGAAGAGACCGAGAUUGCCAAUUCGUUGGUUGAAUCGUCUACUUCAGAUGAGGCCAAGAAGCAGCAGCAAGAACUCAUGUCGGCCGAGGCUGAGGCCGAGAAGCGACGCAAGGAGGGCCAGGCCGGGCGUUUCUGGAAGGUUGGAUUGGCCUCCGUCGCCGGCGCUGCGGUUAUCGGCAUCACAGGUGGGUUGGCUGCUCCUGUUGUCGCCGGUGCCAUUGGUGGAUUGAUGGGCAGCGUAGGCUUGGGAGGAUUGGCAAGUUUCCUUGGUGUGUUUUGGAUGAAUGGUGCUUUGGUCGGUACACUUUUCGGUGCCUUUGGGGCAAAGAUGACGGGUGAGAUGGUGGAUCAAUACGCUCGCCAGGUUGAAGACUUCCGUUUCCUUCCCCUCAAAGAGGAGUGGGGUCGGGAGUAUUCACAAGAUGAAAAAGGUUCUAGACGCUUACGCGUAACCAUAGGCAUCAACGGCUGGCUCAACACCAAGGAAGACGUCACGAAGACCUGGCGUCCACUCGGAGAUGAGUCUGAGGUCUUUGCUUUGCGGUACGAGAUGGCAAGUCUUCUCGCUUUGGGGAACUCGCUCGAGACUCUUGUCACUUCUUAUGCAUGGUCCAUGGUCAAGUCGGAGAUCAUCCGACGAACAGCAUUAGCUGCAUUGGGGGCAGCAUUGUGGCCUAUUGCCCUGCUAAAAACGGCUUCCAAUGUUGACAAUCCUUUCAGCCGUGCCAAGAAUCGGUCCGAGAAGGCCGGCAUGAUCCUCGCCGAUGCGCUCAUCAACAAGGUUCAAGGCGAACGUCCUGUAACCCUGAUUGGCUACUCGCUUGGUGCCCGUGUUAUCUACUCAUGCCUGGAAUCACUUGCAGAGAGAAAGGCCUUUGGACUGAUUGAGCAGGUUGUGUUUAUUGGAGCCCCUAUCCCUUCGGAUCUUGAUCGUUGGCAAAAGAUCCGGAGCGUCGUUUCAGGCAAGAUGUUCAAUGUCUACUCCGAGAACGACUUUAUUCUUGCCUUUCUGUACCGAGCAACGAGCAUUCAGCUUGGUGUUGCCGGUCUUCAGCCUAUCGCAGAUGUAGAGGGUGUCGAGAACUUGGACCUGAGCGAUGCAGUCAGUGGCCACCUGCGCUAUCCAGGACUCAUCGCCAAGAUACUUGCUCGGUGUGGCUUUCCCAAUGUUAGAGACGGUGAGGGGCCGAUUGAAGAAGAUAAGGAGGCUAUUCAGAUGCGGGAUGACGAUGGCGCCCACAAGACCGGAAGUCUUAUUGAUUUUGAGGAGCCCACCGUAGGCAAGGCUGGACCGAUUUCACAGAACACACCGGGAAGCCAGACAUUGCCGCACAGGCCUGGCAGGAACACUGUUGCCAGGUCAAACUCGGAGAUGCUCUUACAACAGAUGCACCCUAUUGGUAGCUUGGAGCGUAUGGACCAACAAGGGAAAGCUGUAUCGGCCAGCGCGCCUCAGCUUCCAGGCCCAGGAGAUUCUGCGUCUCCAUCUAUGCCGGCAAACACCAACUUUGACUCUCUAAAGGCAACUUCGUUAUCGAAGGAUGUCGAGAUGAGGCCUACAUCCAAGCCUUUGCCUAAGGCACCGCCUCAGGAGGACAGUGAGGGUGAAGACAGUGAGGGUGAAGACAGUGACGAGGGCUGGACUGGAAUUCAAAUGAUCGACCAAGACGAACUUGAUGAGGCUGCCCCGCCACCUCCUCCGCCGAAGUGAAGUCCCGGAACCCGAUGAAUUUUACGAUCCUUUCCGCAAUUGAACACGAGCAUCACAUGUCAUAUGUAGCACUUUCGAAAACGGAGUGGUUGGCAUAACACCAGCUGACCAGCUUGAGGUGCAUCUGGAAUAUCGCCUCCAUAUAUGGCACAUAUAGCACGCAUGAUAUGAGUCAAAAACUUUACUUGCCAAAGAGUUGGCUCAAUACCUAAGUACAGCAACCCGGAUAGCACGUAGGAUUAGGCAAUGGACAACUCGUUCGGCUUUGACGCAUGUGGAC